AUGGGGAGGAUGACUUUGGGUGCCUCUCCUGCCGGCCUCUUGCUCCUCGCCGCGCUCGCCCUCAUUUGCAGUCAGUCUACUUUAAAGAAUAUUGUGACGUUGUUCUCCCAUUUCUGCCCUGAUUUCCCUUCUCGGCACGAUUCUCGCUUGUGCUUUCGCUUGCCCACUGUUGAAAAGACCACACGGCAUGACACGGUCAACGCCGCAGCGUACGGAGAUGACACGCUCAACGCAGCGGCCAAACCAGCGAGCAAGAACGACGCGAGGAGGGCUCUCGUGACCACCAGCAAUAUCAUCGCCACCAGCGGUGGCAGCGGCGGUGGAGCUGCGGGUGAGAAGGUCAACGCGAGGAGGGCUCUUGCGACGACCCCCAGCACCCCCAGCUUGCAGGUUGCGACGGCGGUGGUGGUGGGCAAGACGCGGCUGGACUUCAGCAAGCAGGUGUGCGUGAGCGUGCCCAAGAAGGCGCGGCAGAAGAGCGCGACGGUGUGGUGGAAGGGCGGCGGGGACUCGAGCACCGCGUCGGCGGGCGGUCAGUGCGCGCAGGUCAAGUUCUUCAGUAAAGCUGUCUGCCAAGGCACGGCGCUGGACAGCAUCGCCAACCCGUGCACAUCUGGGUGA